AUGAGUUUGACCCAAACUUACGUCAUGGCCUCCAAGGUCAGAGUCAAGCUUGCCAAGCAGGCCGCUGACCCCAAAUCCUCUUUGCGUCUCUUGGUCCUUCAAGCCAACAUGUUGGACCGUUUGAUGGAUGACAUUACUGUCAACAGCAAAAAGAGCAAGCCCGCCUCUAAGGUUACUUUCAGUGUUCCUGAAAAGAAGAGAGAGCAACAGAUCUUGCUGCCUCUUGCCGGCCCAAACGUCACUGAGUACGAGGUGGAUUCCGAUUCCGAUUCCGACUCCGAUGAUUCCGACUACAUUUCCACUGGCUCCGACUCUGACGAGAACGUUUUCGACCCUGAGGAAGAUGAUUACUUGUCUGAUUCAGACGACGAAGAACCUAUCAUUAUGUCUGCUACCAAGCACACUCCUUCUAAGACACUUCCAGUUCUUGAAUCUCCUAGCGACCGUCAAUUGCUGAUUGUCCUUGAAGAGGAUGAGGAGGAGAUGCCCGAAUUGACUGGCCUGAACUCCCCAUCAGACUCAGACUCAGAAGAUGAAAUUUCUAUGCCUACUUACAUGCUUAGCCGCACCAACAGCCCUUACUACCCUGUCGGUCUCUCAAAAGUCGACAGUACAAAUGUUUCUGUGGAGGACAUUGACUUCAAGCCUCAACAGGAAAGCGCCGCUUUCUCGUUUAACCACGUCUACUAG